UAUCAAAAUGAAGAAUUUCGUCGUUUUCAUAGCAAUUUGCUGUAUUAUUGGACUGUCGGAGUCAAUUUCAAAAGAACAAAGAAUGGAAAUGUUUGUGAAAGUGGCAAAAGAGUGUGCGGAGGAAGAAGGUGCAUCGGCCGUUGACGUGGAUGAGCUUGUUGCACACAAAUCAGCAAGUGAAAAAGGUGGAAAAUGUAUUCGAGCUUGCUUAGCGGAGACUGUCGGAAUGAUAAAAGACCAGGUCGAUAUUGAAGGCGUUAGUAAUCUCGCAGCAAUGGCAUUUGAUGGCAAUCCAACGAAAAUACAAGUGGCAAAGAAUUUAGCUAACGAAUGUGCUGAUAUAACAGAUCCAGACCGUUGCGAAGCCGCAGCCAAGAUUAUGGAAUGCGGUCAAAAUGCCGCUAAAAGUCGGGGGCUAAACUUCGAAGAUUUAAAUAAUAAUUAG